AUGCCUAUCUAUUUGAGUAUGCAGCGGGUACGCUUCUCCAGUCCCGACGCAUAUGAAAAAUUCAAGGUUCUCUUUGCCGAUACACGACGCCACCUGAUGACCCUCCCUGGCUUCCUCCACCUGACGUGGUGGGAACAUCCCGACGAUCGGAGCUGGUACAAUGAGUGCAGCUUCUGGACCAGUCGCGGUGCCCUAUAUGACUGGCACAAAGAUACAUACCAUAAGUAUUGCAAGUCAUGGGCGGCCAACGGCGCGAUAAUGGAGGAUAUCAUCACCAACUUCGAGCUUGUGGGGACGCGGCUUCUUCGCAUCUGCCCUGUCUGUAAUCACACGCAAGACAAGAAGUACGAUCUGGCGAGGGAACAGGAGGUACUACAUGAGCAAUGUCCGCAGUGUGGUUUCCACUUCCCUGUCUUGGAAGAAACACCUUCCAGCUUCGCAGUGUUCAAGGACGUACCAGGGUUGAAUGGCGAUACGGGCUCAAAGGAUGCUGAGGAACCUUUGUGUCCCGCCGGGAUGGCAGAUGGGAAAAAAUGGUACGCCCAGAUCAAACUCACGGUCGGACUCACAACUGGCCCGACUCGCGAUCACUCCAGCUACCUCAGCUUUCAAUACAACUUGGGUUCUGGGAGAGUACAUCAAGACUGUGUAUAG